GGAGCCCUUAAACCCCUCAAAAAAAGCCCGCCCUCAUUUUGCACAUCCCACUCUCCACCCUCUUCCGGUGGCCUCUUUCGUUGCUUCUCUUCUUCUCCGUCACCGUCGUUACGACGCCGUAUUUACUCCUCCCUCUACCAGUACUUAGGGUUCCAGCGCAUAUUUACUAGAAAUGCCAUUUUUCUCAGCUCUUGAAAUGGUAGUACUGUUGUCUUCGAUUUGAUACCCGAGAUUCCGGAAACUAGCCACGAUUAAGAACAAACAUUGACUAAAAAAAGCUGUAGAGUUUUAGCCAUGGAAACCGACGAAACGCCACGUGUGCUUCCCUUUCAGCUUCAAUUCGACAAACCUGUUGCCUCUCAGAUUAAAAUUGCGGAAUGGAAUCCAGAGAAAGAUUUACUGGCUAUGGUUACUGAGGACUCCAAGAUUUUGCUGCAUCGGUUUAAUUGGCAAAGACUCUGGACAAUUUCUCCCGGAAGGUGCAUUACAUCCUUAUGCUGGCGUCCCGAUGGUAAAGCGAUAGCGGUUGGGCUUGAGGACGGAACGAUUUCAUUGCAUGAUGUUGAAAAUGGAAAGUUGUUGAGAAGCUUAAAGUCUCACACUGUUGCUGUUGUGUCCCUAAACUGGGAGGAGGAUGGACAAGUGAUUAGAGAUGAUUCUGUUAACAAUUCAAAAUAUGAGGACCGCACUUCUUGUUUCUUUCCCCCUGCACCAAGAGUUCCUCGGAUGCCUGGACUAGUACCUGGAGAUACUGGCUUCAUGGAUGAUAGUGAAGAUUCGUUUCAAGAGCUUUCAAAUUCUUCAUACCAACGAUUUAACAUUCUAUGCAGCGGUGACAAAGAUGGAAGCAUAUGCUUUAGUAUAUUUGGAAUAUUUCCAAUAGGGAAAAUAAACAUUCACAAGUUAUCUAUACCUACUCCCUUUGCAAAUGAGCAAGCUACUUACAGACUUCUAAAUGCUUCCAUUUCCAAGGUUGCUUUGUCAAAAGACCUUUGUCAUUUGAUUGUAAUGUGUUCUGGAGAACUUAAUCAAGACGAGGUUGAAUUGCAAGAGGGACAGCUGGGUGUAGAUGGUAUGCAUGGCCUGCAUUGCUUACUGCUUGAUACUUCUAUCUUUUGGAAGAGGAAAAAUGAACUCCAUCAAGUGGCCCAACAAGCUUCUAACAUUGAGGAUUUAAUUGAAGUUAUUCGUACAUCAUUAUCAGUAAUGUGUAAGCAGUGGUCAGAUGCCAUGCACACUUUCUGUGAGAAGUUUGAUUCUCUAUCUAGUUUAAUAAUUGAUCAUGGGCUGGACUCGUCUCCCCAAGAGGAGUUUUUGAGCCUCCUAGGUGGCGCACGAACUAGUCCACCAGUUCAUCAGUUUCUAGUUAACUCCCUGGGUGAAUUGGGAGUGAAGCGUGUCUCAAAGGUCGUUUGUGGUGCUGGAAAAGAACUUCAGCAUGUUGUCCUUGAUCAUCUUCAGCCUGCUGCAGAAAUUAUUGGAUUCAGGAUGGGAGAACUAAGAGGUCUUUCAAGAUGGCGCACACGUUUUCAGGGUAUUGGCCUAGAUGAGACUCUGAUCAAUAAUGCGACAGAAAAAUCUGGAAUCUUACUAGUACAAGUUGAGCGAUUUAUGAGGGUGCUUUCCUCUGUGGUACAGCAGUUUUCAAAUUUCUUUAAUUGGCUACUAAAAUGUAUAAAGCUACUUAUGCAAGAGCCAAGUGAUCAGCUUUUACCCUAUAAUAGUGAACUUGUUGUUAUAUUCUUGAAGUUUUUAUAUGAUCAAGAUCCUGUUAGGCCCUUUUUGGAGUUGUCUGAAGUUGUUAUUGAAACUGACAUGGAAACACUGCAAAGAGUUAGAGAAUUGGUUCAUUUUGGGGGAUUUUCAGAUUGUGAAUAUCUGCGGAGGACAUUAUCAGAGGAAUUUCAACAGAUGGAGUCUAGCUUCAAGGAGGCUUUCUUGAUGCCCUUUACAACAAUUUCACAGAAGAUACUUUGUAAGGAUGUGCUUCCACUGUUUGCUCUCCCAUCUUCUCCAGCAUCUAUGUCUGUCACUGUUCCUAUGUCAGUAACAUACUACAAGGAUGCCUCCACAGCUAUGUCAUCUUAUCAGACUCACGAACACGGGUUUAUUGAUUAUAUUUCUUUCCAAAUACCUGGUGACUCUUCCUUGGACAUUGCUAAUUGUAUAGGCAUAUCAAAGGGUUUCAUGCAUAGUUUGAGCAAUAUUACUGAGGACCCUGCUUCAUUGGAAGCUGUUUUGCUGUCUGUUCCUGAUGGUUAUCAUUGCGUGGAUCUAUCUUUAUAUAAGGAAGGCCAAAUUGUUUUGUUAUUAAAUGAAACAACUGCUGCUUCUGAAAGCUCUGGAGAAUCUUGUAUGAUGAUUGUUCAAGCUAAUGAUCUCCCAUUUGUAUCUAUUUCAAGAUCCAGUUGUAUCAAUCAUUGGAACUUAAGUCAGCUAAAGGACUCAGUUAUGUAUCUACACCUGGAGAAUGAGAAGGUUCGACUUAUUCCUCACUCUGUAGUUGCUCCUCUCGCAGUUAGUGCAUCCAGAGGCGUAGCUUGUGUUUUCGCUGCGAGAAAACGUGCCUUGGUCUACAUACUGGAUGAAGAUGAAGAUGAUAUCUCAGAUACAGAAUGACUGCUCCUUCCUCGGACUUUUCUUAUACUCUUUCGCCGAACUUUAAGAAAGACAAAAGUUCGUUAUAUUGUUUUAUGUUGCGUUGAUUGACAGUUAUUUGCUUUUCCCUUGACAUUAGAAGCCAAAUCUUCUCAAGAGCUCAAGUUGAGAAAUUAGUUGGCAGAAAAAAAAAAAAAGAAGAGUAUUUUUCUUGUAUUUAAUUUUGUUUCAGCAGCUUAUCUACAUAUGUUUUCACAUACAUUAUGAUAUUUUUAAAGUAAUUUUCGAGGAAAAAGAUAUAAUUCUAUAGAGAA